AUGCCAAGCCUCUCUGAAUAUAUAAAGGAAACCUUCACGAGCAGUUUCAGAGUUACCCAGAAGCAACAGAAGAUUUCCUGCAGCUCUGUUCAGACAGACACUGAACCAGCCAUGCUUCUUCCUGCCAUUCCCUUCUACGGCUUUCUCCUGGCUUGCAUCUUCACGAGAAGCUCUUUGGCUUUCAAGAACGAUGCUACAGAGAUACUUUAUUCACACGUUGUUAAACCUGCUGUGGCGAGCCCGAGCAGCAACAGCACGCUGAACCAAGCCAGGAACGGCGGCAGGCACUACCCCAGCGCAGGAUCCGACCGUAACAAUCGUGUUCAGGUUGGCUGUCGGGAACUGAGAUCCACCAAGUACAUUUCAGAUGGCCAGUGCACCAGCAUCAAUCCACUGAAGGAGCUAGUGUGUGCUGGUGAGUGCCUCCCUUUGCCACUGCUCCCCAACUGGAUUGGAGGAGGUUAUGGAACCAAGUACUGGAGCAGGCGGAGCUCACAGGAGUGGAGAUGUGUCAAUGACAAAACCCGCACCCAGAGGAUCCAGCUUCAGUGCCAGGAUGGAAGUAUAAGAACCUACAAAAUAACUGUGGUCACAGCCUGCAAGUGCAAGCGAUACACGAGGCAGCACAAUGAGUCCAGCCACAACUUCGAGGGAACUUCUCAAGCAAAACCUAUCCAGCAUCACAAAGAGAGGAAAAGAGGCAGUAAAUCCAGCAAACAUAGUACAAGUUAG